GGAAGAGGUUGCAAAUUAGUUGUUAUUGCAGUCUAUAUGAACCCAAUGUUUCGUCUGAACCUAACGUUGGGUUCAGGCAGAUAGUAUUGUCAUUUUUUUUGGGGAUUCCGACCAGCCAUCGUAGGAGGAGAUGUCUUCCGGAGCCCCCCUUAAUGUGACAAAUCCUAACUAUGAUAUUGAAGAAUCGCGUUUUGGAAAGAUUGUGUGUUAUGACCAAAGUCUUCUCUUUGAGAAGAGAGAACAAAAGGGAUGGGAGAGCGGAAGUACGCUAGCCUCUUCCCUUCCGUUCUUCAUAACGCAACUCUUUGUCGCGAACCUUAGCUAUCGUGUCCUCUACUAUCUAACCCGACCCUUGUAUCUUCCUCCUUUCGUAGCUCAGAUCCUCUGUGGAUUAUUAUUUAGCCCAAGUGUGCUCGGGAACACACGUUUCAUAAUCGCACAUGUAUUCCCCUACAGAUUCACAAUGGUUCUUGAGACAUUCGCUAACUUAGCUCUCGUCUACAACAUCUUCCUCCUUGGUCUAGGGAUGGACCUGAGGAUGGUGCGGAUCACCGAGCUCAAACCGGUCAUCAUUGCUUUUACAGGGCUUCUUGUUGCUUUACCGGUUGGUGCCUUUCUUUACUAUCUCCCGGGAAAUGGCCAUCCAGACAAGAUCAUCUCUGGUUGCGUCUUCUGGUCUGUCGCGCUAGCCUGUACCAACUUCCCUGACCUUGCAAGGAUCCUUGCGGAUCUUAAGCUGUUGCGGUCCGAUAUGGGUCGUACGGCUAUGUGUGCAGCCAUUGUCACUGAUUUGUGCACAUGGGUCCUCCUUGUUUUUGGGUUUGCUUCUUUUAGCAAAUCAGGGACAUGGAACAAAAUGAUGCCGUUCGUGAUAAUCACCACCGCAAUCUUCGUCCUCCUCUGCAUCUUUGUGAUCCGUCCGGGAAUUGCAUGGAUCUUCGCGAAGACCGUGAAGGCAGGUCACGUCGGAGACACUCACGUUUGGUUCAUUUUAGGAGGUGUGGUCCUAUGCGGCCUGAUUACGGACGCAUGCGGGGUCCACUCCAUAACCGGGGCGUUCCUGUUCGGUCUCUCCAUUCCGCACGACCACAUCAUACGUAACAUGAUCGAGGAGAAGCUCCAUGACUUCCUUUCCGGGAUCCUUAUGCCUCUCUUCUACAUCAUUUGUGGGUUGCGAGCAGAUAUUGGUUUCAUGCUCCAGUUUACUGACAAGUUCAUGAUGGUUGUAGUCAUCUGCUCUUCCUUCUUAGUAAAGAUCGUGACUACCGUAAUCACCUCUUUAUUUAUGCAUAUACCUAUGCGUGACGCAUUCGCUAUAGGAGCCCUUAUGAACACCAAGGGAACUUUAUCGCUCGUCGUUCUUAAUGCUGGUCGCGAUACUAAGGCGCUGGAUAGUCCGAUGUAUACUCAUAUGACGAUCGCGCUUCUAGUGAUGUCACUAGUCGUCGAGCCUCUUCUCGCGUUUGCAUACAAGCCCAAGAAAAAACUUGCUCAUUACAAGCACCGUACGGUUCAAAAGAUCAAAGGAGAAACAGAGUUGCGCGUCUUAGCUUGCGUCCAUGUACUCCCCAAUGUCUCUGGGAUCACAAAUCUCUUACAAGUCUCAAACGCAACCAAACAAUCACCUCUCAGCGUUUUCGCCAUUCACCUCGUGGAGCUCACCGGUCGAACCACGGCCUCUCUGCUAAUCAUGAACGACGAAUGCAAACCAAAAGCUAACUUCUCGGACAGAGUCAGAGCAGAGUCCGAUCAAAUCGCUGAGACCUUCGAAGCUAUGGAAGUCAACAACGACGCAAUGACGGUUCAGACCAUCACCGCGGUCUCUCCUUACGCAACCAUGCACGAAGACAUCUGCGUGUUAGCCGAGGACAAGCGAGUUUGUUUCAUCAUAUUGCCUUACCACAAACACUUGACACCGGACGGUCGGAUGGGAGAAGGAAACUCUUCUCACGCAGAAAUUAACCAAAACGUUUUGAGCCACGCCCCUUGCUCGGUCGGGAUUUUGGUGGACCGUGGCAUGGCCAUGGUCCGGUCUGAGUCGUUCCGUGGUGAAUCAAUGAAAAGAGAAGUCGCCAUGCUCUUCGUCGGUGGUCCAGACGACCGCGAGGCGUUAUCAUACGCUUGGCGAAUGGUCGGACAACACGUGAUUAAACUCACUGUGGUAAGAUUCGUCCCAGGACGCGAAGCUCUAAUCUCAUCCGGGAAAGUUGCAGCGGAGUACGAGAGGGAGAAACAAGUCGACGAUGAAUGCAUCUACGAAUUUAAUUUCAAGACAAUGAAUGAUUCUUCCGUUAAAUAUAUAGAGAAAGUGGUCAACGAUGGUCAAGACACGAUAGCUACGAUCAGAGAAAUGGAAGACAACAAUUCUUAUGAUCUUUACGUUGUGGGAAGAGGAUAUAACUCAGAUUCUCCGGUGACUGCCGGUUUAAACGAUUGGAGCAGUAGUCCUGAGCUAGGCACAAUAGGGGACACAUUAGCUUCGUCGAAUUUCACAAUGCAUGCUUCGGUAUUAGUCAUUCAACAAUACUCUGCCACUAAAAGACAAGCUGCAGUCACAGCAGCCGCCGCAACAACCGUUAUGGGAGCGGUCGCCGGUGUUACAGGUAACAAUCUAGAAUCCGCUGGUGGUGAUGCUAAGAUGACUCGUGAUGCUCAUGAGCCAUUUAUGAAGUCUAUGUAUGAAGACGAAGAUGAAGAUGAUGAAGAGGAUCAUCAAUAUGGAAUUCAUAGGUAAUGAGUUUUAUACGUAUAUGCUCUUUGAAUCUAUGUUUUUGUCUUCUUCUUUCUAUUAGCCAAUGCGAAUGCGAAUGGUCUUGAAAAAUGUAACUGGAUUCAGUUUGGAUAAUUUACCAUUUUCUCAUUGUGAAAUGAUCAGUUAUAAUGCUCUCAAAACCAAUAUUGAGAUCAAUUAUGAAAUACAAGAUAAUAAUUCUCAAUAUUAUAAGAACUUGGUUAAUUUUCAAUAUACGUAC